AUCUUUUUCUCUUUUAUUUGACUAUAGUUGAUGGAUAGGACGAAGAGAUGACAGAUGAAGAUGAAGGGGAGGUUUUAUGGUGUAGAGAACUAAUAUUGAGUCAAAAGCCAACUCAUGAAAAUGAGUUGUCCUUAAAUGAUAAUUAUUUAUGAUAACUAAAAUAAUAAUUAAAAACAAAAAUAAAAGAAACCAUUUCAAAGGAUUAACCAAACAAAGAGGCGAAGUUUAAUUUUAGUUAAAAAUCAGGUAAUGAAAAGGGAGGCGAAGUAGUCGGAAUUAGUUUCCGAAUUAGAAGCCAUAGCUUUUUAUGAAUUUGGCUUUAAAUUAAAAUACGAUUGAUGGAUGAAUGAAAUUGGAGAACCAAACACAAAUUCAAGAAGAUGAUAAUUCCGGUGCGGUGCUUCACUUGCGGCAAGGUGAUCGGUAACAAAUGGGACACUUAUCUCGACCUUCUACAAGCUGACUAUCCAGAAGGGGAGGCAUUGGAUACGUUAGGGUUAGUACGCUACUGUUGCAGGAGAAUGCUUAUGACUCAUGUGGAUCUCAUUGAGAAGCUCUUGAACUACAACACCAUGGAUAAGUCUGAAAUCGUCUAAAGCCUAAUUACGGGGAAUUGCUUUGCCAACACAGUGAAUUCUACAAUGCAUUGUUUGGAUUUUGUGAAGAUUGGUUUUACCUUUUCUUUUUAGAGCUAAUAAAGUCUGGUAGCAAAAUUAAUUUAGCUUUCACAAAUGUUUCCAAAAUUCAUUUAUAGUAGAAAGAUGAAAAUUGAGAUACGAAUAGCCUAAGAUGAAAAUUUAAAGUACCAUAUGUUGUUUUAGAUCACAACAAUACAAUUUUAAAGUCUUACUUUUUUCCAAA